AAAUGUAAAUCAGGGAUAUCAAACAGGCAUAUAUAUAUGUGUAUGUGCUCCCUCCAUGAGGACCACAUGGGAUAUAGGGUUUUCAGAACUCAGAUCUUGUUCUUGCAAUCCAAAUGGGUGAAGAAGCAAGCCAAAUAUUUCAAGAUAUGAAUCUGAAGAAAAUGGAUGGCAAUGACGCUUGGUGCAGUAAGCUGACGAUCAUGGUAGGAGGUAAUAAUGAAACAAUGGACUCCAUAUCCAUUGAAUCCUCCUUUGAAAAUUCAGAAAACUCCAUUUCUUCAAUAUCUUCAUCAGACUUGGUUGAGGAUGCAGCUUCUGCAACGUCAUCAUCGUCAUCAUCUUUAUCAUCCAAUGGGCCUCUCUAUGAGUUGUCCGAGCUCAUGGCUCAACUACCUAUCAGGAGAGGUCUUUCUAAACAUUAUCAAGGGAAGUCUCAAUCUUUCACAUCUCUAGCAAGGGUGAGGAGCAUAGAAGACCUUCCAAAGAAAGUGAUUCCUUAUAGAGUUAAAAUGAAGUCAUGCAAGAGCCAUGGAUGGGGACUAGAUGCUCACAACAACAAGUCAUAUAGCCCUAAAGCUACGAUAUCAAAGAAAAGUUCGCGGGGUUGCUCUAACGUCUUCUCUCGCUUUUUGAUGUCAUGAAAGCAACUAUUGAGCUCAUCAUUUCGGAGGAUUCUUUUUACAAAUCGUCUUCACACACAGAGAGAAAGAAAGACAAAUGGGAUAUGAAACAUGAAUAACGGAAGCUGUAAUUCAAGCGAGCUAUUGAGUUGUUGUUGUUGGCUGGCAGGCAGGCAGCAUCGAGGAUUUUUGGGGAGCAAUUAAUUUAGCAAUUACCUUCUGUUAUGAUGAAAUACCAUCGUCUGAAACUAAAAGCAUGAUGAAUCAAUGGCAUUUUCAUUUAUGCAGGACGAGAUAGAGAAGAAAAACCAGCGUUGUUUAAAAAUAUUUUUAAGUUUUGAAUGAAUCAAAUUCAGUCGCUGAUACAAAAGAAAACUUUGUCAAUGGAAUUCCUCUUCAAACUAAAAUCGAGAAGGAAUAGAAUCCAUGAAUUCACAAA